CAAAAGCAAGAGCAUCCGGGAUGGCGGCGGGAAUGGACGGCGCUUCUCCCGUGGCCAGGAAGGAGGCGGACGUGGCGGUGACGGUGAGUGCGCAGGCGGCGGCGCACGGGGAUCAAGCAGCUCACGUGCAGGAGACUGACAUUCCGUACUCCAUCGCAUGUAGCGUGCCGUUGUCGCCGUCUGGGCUUCACCUCGGUGCGUGCACGUCCAUCUGUAGCGACGGCGACGCCGUGCGCAUGGCGAUCAACCUCAGCGAGGAGCCAUGGCGGGACCGCCGGUUCGAUCACUUGAAGACCUUCUCCAGCUGCGUCGAGCGCCAGCUCUCCACCCUUCACCCUCCGGCUCCGGCAGAGAUCGAGGUCGUCGCAGACUCGAAGAUUAUCUCCGAGGAGGAGGAGGAGGAGGAGGAGGAGGAGACCGACGACGGCGACGGCGAGAACGAGGUCCCCAGCGCCGACCGAUACUUCUCCGCCCUGCAAGGGCCGGAGCUGGAGACGCUGAGAGCGACGGAGGUGUCGACGCUGCCGGACAACGAGACAUGGCCGUUCCUGCUACGGUUCCCGGUGAGCGCAUUCGGGAUGUGCCUGGGCGUCAGCAGCCAGGCGAUGCUGUGGAAGUCGCUGGAGACGGAGCCCUCCAUGGCGUUCCUCCAUGUCAGCCCGGCCGUGAACCAGGCGCUCUGGUGGGUCUCCGUCGCGCUCACGGGCUUCGUCUCCGCCGUCUACCUGCUCAAGGCGGUGUUCUACUUCGAGGCCGUGCGCCGCGAGUUCUGCAACCCUAUCCGCGUCAACUUCUUCUUCGCGCCAUGGGUCGCCUGCCUCUUCCUCGUCAAGGGCCAUCCGCGGCCGGUGGCGGCGAUCCACGACAGCCAUGUCGUCUGGUACGUGCUCAUGACUCCAAUCCUGCUGCUGGACCUCAAGAUCUACGGCCAGUGGCUGUCCGGCGGCGGGCGGCGGCUGUCCAAGGUGGCGAACCCGACGAGCCACCUUGCCAUCGUCGGCAACUUCGUCGGCGCGGUGCUGGGAGCCCUGGUGGGGCUUCACGAGGCCCCCCUCUUCUUCUUCGCCGUCGGGCUGGCGCACUACGCCGUGCUGUUCGUGACGCUGUACCAGUGGCUCGACACCAACGACGUGCGGCUCCCCAAGGAGCUCCACCCGGUGUUCUUCCUCUUCGUCGCCGUCCCCAGCGUCGCCUCCAUGGCAUGGGCCAGGCUCUCCGGCGAGUUCGGCUUCGCCGCCAAGAUCCCCUACUUCAUCUCCCUCUUCCUGUUCAUGUCGCUGGUGGUCCGUGUCAACCUGUUCUUCAGAGGAGUCAGGUUCUCGCUGGCGUGGUGGGCGUACACCUUCCCGAUGACGAGCGUGGCCAUGGCGACCACCGUGUAUGCGUCGUCGGUGAACAGCUUGGUCAGCCGGGCGCUGGCGAUCGGGCUCGCCGGGAUCGCGUCCGUCACGGUCACCGGCGUGCUGGGGGCAACCAUGUACCAUGCCUUCGUGCGCAAGGACCUGUUUCCCAACGAUGUGUCCAUUGCCAUCAGCAUGCAGCGGCCCAACAAGCCCAAUCACGCAGUGGCUCAAUUGGCCCGUUGCAUCCCUUUGAGCUGAGUUCAAUUUGUACUCUCGUAGCCAGAUUGUUCUUUUCAUUGAGAGAAUUAUUUCCUUGGCCCUAUAAAAGGUGCCUCUUAGUUUCUUAGCCUUGCUGAUCGAACUUAGUUAUUUUUAGCCCAGAUUCAAGUUUUGUUUGGUUUUAUGACCCUUCCGUUAGUUU